AGAAGGAGAAAUGCCUUCAAGUUCCUACAGCUUUAAUGACUCAGAUCUUCCAUCGUUGGUGAAAAGUCCUCCCGCAGCAGCUACACUUCAAGGGGAACCAUCCAGGAAGAUGGUUCCCAACACCAUGGACAAUGAAACGGUUACACUUGUGUCUCAGUCCAAAAUUAAGCAGCUGAAUCCUGAGCCAAGGGACACCACACAACCCAGCGCUGGCCCGGAGUUACGUUUGGCUGAAGCAGAGGAAGCCAUGUUGCCAAAACCUGGCCUUGCAGGCCCUGAACAAGGUAAGCCUGCUCUUGUUGUUGACAAAUAUGCUGCUGAAAAUUUGAAGGCCGCCGAUGAAUCCAUAUCCAAAGUGCUAGACUGGUUCAAAAGAAGUUCCAGUACGGCUGACAAAGAAACAGUUUUGAUAACCUCCCAGGAAAGGCCAUUCGCAGAGGAAAUGGACCCUCCAAAGUCAGUAGAAUGGUCUGCAGUUGGAGAAGAUAAGGGGUCAAAUUCAGAUCCGUUAAAUCUGAAAUCCUCUCUGUAUCAAAGAGGAGAGUCGACGAGCAGAGACUUAAGGCUCCAGGAUGUCAUAAAGCAACCGGGACAAUUGUCAUUUUCGGAAAAAGAAAGUCCAAGGGAUGAGAUCCUAGGAGACCAAGCUCCUUUGAACCAAAGCAAAGAAAACGAGAAGGCAACUUCUCGCAAUAUUCAUAUCACUAAGAGAAUCCAUUUCCAGACCAUUGAUCAGAGUAAGGACAAGAUGGAUGACAGCAACCUAAAAGACAGAUGUGAAGAUGCUUUUGGAAGUAAAACCUACGUGGAUUUGAAGAACUCUGAAGACGCUUCUUUCAGAACUGGAAUGAAAAGAGAAACCAGUUCACAGAUCUACCCUGAGGGAGAGAGAGAUGUUAAAUCUUUCUUGGAAGAAGAAAACAUGGAGCUGAAAUCUGGAGAAACUCCAAAAGAUCCUAAAGGAAAGGACUGUAGUUUUCUAGAUGGCGAACAUAUGGCCCAUGCCAACAAUAGAAGUAACCCGAUUCUGCAACAACAUGAGUUAACACAACCACCAAUGAUAGGAGAUGAGAAAAGAGUCAAGGAUAUGAAGGCUUUCUGGGAAGGUGGGCAGAAGACUCCGGAGCUCGAAAAUAAGGAAGUUCUUACAAAUGAAAACAUGUCUAAUUAUACAAAGGAAUACGCUAGGCUAAAAGCAGCUAGCGGAUCUUCUGGGUAUGUAACCAGUGAAUCUGACCACGAACAAAGCAAAUAUAAUUUAGUUACCUUCAGAAAAGUGGAGCUAAGUGAGGAGGACUCUGAGAUGGAAGGCGAUGGCGUUACGUUUUCAGGAACAAGCAGGCCCACUCAAGGGGAUAAAGCUACGGAAAGCCAAGACAUUAAUAGAGCCAAUGAAGUACUUUCAAAGGACCAGAAAAAUAAUAACGUUACGGGAUUGUUGAAUGAGAGAAAUUUGCAGCCGAGUUACAAAGAAAGACUAUCUUCUAAAGAAGGUGAAAGGCCAAAGGCCACUGCUUUAGGAAAAGGGACUAUUGUACCCGCUCUUCAGCCAAAGUCUCCUUUUAAGAUUCAUUCACUGAAAGAAAAAAUGGACGAAGAAUCCAGGUCUCAAAUGCUCAACCCUGCCCAAUUCCAGAGCCUGAGAAACUUUUGGGACAUGGGGACUAAACCUCAGAGCAAAACUGACGAGACCAUCCUACAGAAGCAUAAGAGCAGGACUGGGGGUUACACAAAAGAGUUACAAGAAAGAAUUGGAAGUAGCCAAGCCAUGUUGGAUGAUGGAAGAUCUCAUUUUCCUCUGCAAGAGGAGGAAACAAAACAGCCCACUGCUAACAUUUCACGCCAAAGUCCUUUAGCAGAACCCAUGUUUUCCCCGUCAGCAGCUACAGUACCCAUGCAUUUAGAUGAUGUCCCAAUAAGGGGACACGCAGGAAUAAAAAUGGUUUCACCAGCAAUACAGCAUAAUGUUCACAGUAGUUUUCAACCAACGGUGUUGGCUGAAGAGUUGCAGGAGUCCUCUUGCCCACCAAUACAUAAGAAAGGGAUUCCAUAUGUAGAGUUAGUAGGAAAGGAUCCAAUGGCUCCCAAUGACCAGAUUCAAGAACCUAGUUUUGUCCUUCCGGACACGAAUGGAAAAUCUGGACUUAAAGCAAGUGAGGUCAUGGAGAUUGUAAAUAGGACUUCGGUCCCACCGAAAGCUGCAGCCGCUGAUGCUUUUAAUACGAGUUUGGAGAAGUUGCUUCAGGAAACCUCUGGUCUACAGGCCUCUCUCAGGCAUCAUUUAAUAAUGGAUGUCUCUGAACCAGCAGAUCCUACAUCAGAGAAAAGGGAUUUCUUUAAUAAGGUGAUGGAGCGCAGCCAUCAUUCUUAUCCCAGUGAUCCAGAAGAGAUUCGAGUGGGUUCUCAAACAGAAGGAAUUGUUGAAAAAUGCGACUUGCUCCAAACUCAGCCUGCAGAAUUCACAACCGGCGUGGGAAGUUUGCCUAGAUCACUGGAAGGAUUAACAUCUGUGCCAAUGAAAGUCCCCAAGAAAGAGGAUAGGCAAAUGUAUUUAGAUAAUAAUCCUGCUUGGGAAAAGAACUUGCCGGUUCCAUCACUAGAGCCGAUACAACCUGAUAUCUGUGGUGUAUCUCAGAACAGAACAGACUGUCCUCAAGAGGAAGUUUUUGAGAUGGUAUCCAAAAAUAAUGUCCCACCAAACAGAGAAUGCAGUGAUUUGAACGCCAAACUCAUCAGUCUGUUGAAAGAAUCGGCAACACGGCCCAGUACUGAGGACAUUUUGGAAACCCCUUUUGAUGGUAUUCCUAAAGAGAAUCAACAAAAGUCCUAUCAACAGACAAAUGAAAAGAAAGGCUUUGCUUCACUCCAAACGUCCAGUCAUUUGAGAGAGUCUGCAGGUGAGAUUGUUGCGGGAAGCAAAGAUACAUACAAAGACGACAGUGUGAAGAUUGUCAUGCAAGAUGGCACAACGGAAGCCACUAAAGAGUAUGCAGGUCAUAAGGAGAGAAUCCAGGGAGAAUUAGCUGGGAAGCAGCCUCUGGAUGAGACGGAAACCGCUGUGAAAAGUGUUAAACCCAAAUCUUGCGAUCCUGCAGCACUUAGAGGCAAUAUAAAACAAAUACUUCACGAGGAUUCAAUGGUACUUGGAGACCUAGAAUUUCCUAAACUUACACAAUCCACAUUACAGCCUGAUCCGUCUGUGAGUUCAGUUUCUGCCAAAGAUACAUUGGAUUGUCAGGAAGUAAUUGAAUCAGUAGAAAAGUCUAUUGUUUCUUCUAAUUCUAGACAGGUUGAAUUCAAAGCCCGUUUCCAAACGUUACUCCAGGAAAACUCUGAAAUUUUAUCACGUAGCCAGAAAAUCACAGAGAGCAGCAAUGAGAUGCAAAUAAUCAAAAAGUCUAUUGAGAACAGAGGUUUUAUCAGUCGACAAGAAACAGACUGUGUUCAAGAAGUCAAUGAAACUGCAAACAAGAUUAGCGCACCCUCCAGAUUUCAACAAAGUGAAUUUAAUUUCAGUUUACAGAAAUUACUUAAGGAAGCUGCUCAGGCGCCACCUUCUCAACAUUUAAACCUUCCUCAAGAAGAAACCAUCGUGAAAUUGGUUGCUCCAGCAAAAGAUAACUGGGCAUUAAAAUCAAAUUUAGAAAAAUUAAUUUUGGAACAUUUCGAUCCUGCUUCUCAGCCACCCACAGUCGAUGGCAAGGAAGUCACCGGUGAUUCAGCACCUGAUUUAGGUGAACAAAGGUUACGUGUAGAAAUGUCAACAUUGACGGAGACGGUGUCGAGUGAUUGCCAUAGCGAACUUAAGAUCCCACUUACCGAGAAGGCCUCCAAGCAAACUGACGAAAGAGCAAAGAUUUCAGAGAACAUGGCUUUCCAAAAAAUAAUCCAUCUUAAUCUAGCCUCUUCAGAAACCCAGUGUCUGGAAAAAGAUAAGGAUUUCCCUUCCACAGCCGAUAAGACAGAGGACAGAAGCAUGGAAGAGAGAGAAACAGAGUUUUCCACUUCAUUAAUUGUUGCCAACAGAAGCCUGAUGGUGGACCAUGGAUUGCAAAGAUCAAGCACCCCCGUCUAUGGAAGCCCUCUCCAAACCAAGGAAGUGGAGUUUCAUCACGCUGCCCCUCCAACUGAUGAUAACAACCAUGAUGAUGUUGAUGAUGAUGAAGGUGCCAAGAAUUGUGAGUCAGAGUUUUCAGACGAAAAUAAAUCCAUUCCGGGAAGCCAAAGAGAUCCAAUAUGUUCGGAGGAAGAGUUGAAUCCCGUUAUGAAGGCUCUGAAAAGGAGUUCAAAUAGGCAAAUUCCUUCUAAAAGUGUAGAGGAUAUACCGUCAGCCACCUCAAAUAAAGAAAAAAUAAACCUUGGCAGGGAAGACUUAGUGCUUAGUGCUGAAGAUGUUUCCACAGCACCUUCUUUCUCUGACAGUCAGUUUUCGCGUCCGGAAAAAAUUAAGAUGAUGAGCAAAUCGGUCCCAGCAUUUCUUCAAGAUGAGAGCGAUGACAGAGAGACAGAUACAGCAUCCGAGAGCAGUUACCGACAUGGGAGAAUCACAAAGAGCCCGAGUUCCCUAACCAAUCUUAGCGGCUCUUCGGGCUUGGCAUCCUUGUCUUCUGUGAGCACCAGUGUGAUGAGCGUGUACAGUGGAGAUUUUGGCAACGUGGAUGUGACAGGGAAUCUCCAGUUUGCCAUUGACUAUGUGGAACAGUUGAAGGAGUUCCAUAUUUUCAUUGCCCAGGGCAAGGAUUUGGCAAUUGCCGACGUGAAAAGGCAACGUUCAGAUCCAUAUGUGAAGAGUUACCUGCUACCAGAAAAACAUAAACUGGGCAAAAGAAAGACAUCUGUGAAGAAGAAGACACUCAAUCCUGUCUUCAAUGAGAUAUUACGGUAUAAAAUAGACAAAGCCGUUUUGAAGAGUCAAAGAUUGAAUAUCUCAGUUUGGCAUCACGAUACUUUUGGCCGCAAUAGCUUCCUGGGUGAAGUUGAGCUCGAGUUGGCAAGUUGGGACUGGAAUGACAGUCGGAACAAACAAAUGAUCUGGUACCCAUUGAAACCAAGGACUCCCUUAAAAGGAUUAGAACUGGAAAACAGAGGGGAGAUAAAGAUAGCUCUCCAGUAUGUCCCACAACCUGUUGGAGGCAAGAAGACUCUGGCUACCGGUGAAGUUCACAUUUGGGUGAAACAAUGCAAUGACCUGCCCAUCCUCAGAGGCCCAAAGCUCAAUUCUUUUGUGAAGUGUACUGUUCUUCCGGAUACAAGUAGAAAGAGCCGUCAGAAGACGAGAGCUGUUGCAAAGACGACGAAUCCGGUCUUCAACCACACUAUGGUUUACGAUGGCUUCAAACCCGAAGACUUGAAAGAAGCAUGCGUGGAACUUACGGUUUGGGAUCAUAAUAAGCUUGCCAACCAUUUCCUAGGAGGACUUAGAAUAGGACUUGGAACAGGCAAAAGCUAUGGCAUUCCAGUGGAUUGGAUGGAUUCUUCAUUAGAUGAAGCCACCUUAUGGGAAAGAAUGAUCAACUCUCCCAACACCUGGGUAGAAGACACACUCCCACUCCGGAUGCUGAUGGUAGCAAAAAUGACAAAAUAAAAAUGACAGGAGUGAUAAAUUGCUUUCCAGGUGAUACGAUUUGCUGGAGGUUUGACGGAGAGAAGAGCUAGAGAGAUACAGAGAUUAAUGUCUGGGGGAAUCAAUUCUUUCAUCAGGUGUAAAUGUCAGCAGUGGGCAUCUUUAAGCUGUAUAUAACUUGACCUUGCUUUUGCUGGAUGAAACAUGGGUCUGCAUAUCACCUGGUACUGAGUUUUAAAUCAAACUCUUCUAAUCUUGAAUAAACACUGUAUGUAUUAAAACAUGAAAUGUAUUUAAAUUAUGCGCAGUUGUCUUGUGU